AUGAAGACCACAUUAUCGAAGGGUAAUGAAAGGUUUUGCCUGAAAGUUUCAAAACGGGAUAGUACCAUCGCAUUCUUUGAAGAAGAUUGUCUUCUACACAGAGAGGAGAAAAAGCCGCAUAGCUCACAAUGCGAACAUCCAGAAUCAUCAUCGACUGUGAGCUCUUCCCUUCGCUUCUCCGCUUUUUGGAAGAUACCAUCAUGGAACACAUCGACGAAGAAUAUGAGCUGCCGAAAACUUUCAAAACCACCAAGAGAAGCCUGCACCUCUUGUUUAGUGCUAAUACGUCAGCGUGGAGCUACACGAGCUGCAGGCAACUAUGAACUCACGUCCGAGCUCGCCAGGUGUUGUAGUGAAGCGAGAAAAGAAGACGUCAAAGAGAAAAGAGCAGCAGCACUGGCUGAAUCAGCAGAGGCGGGUAAAAGCAUUUGUUUCGCCCAUCGUAAAACAACGCCUUCGCUCGGAACUUCGCCAAUAGUAAAACAAAACUGA